UUCGCUCGGUGACAUUUUGAGUGAUUCCCGAGCCAGUGGCAUCGAUGGCACGGGAGAGGCCGGCCCAAAGCGCCUCUCCCAGCGCCGAGGGAGAUCUGUCCCGCCACUGCGGGGGCGUGGCCCCCCGACCUCCGGGCGCGGGUUCCCCUUCCGGCGCGUGCUCCCCAGCUGUGUUCCCGCCAGGUUUUUAAGUUUCAUUUCCAACCGCAGCUACUGGUUUCUCUUCCUGCCGCCUUUUCCCGAAGCGGAGUCAACUUCUUGGUAGCAGAGAGCGCCAGGCAUGGAUUCUAGGCGCGGAAAGGGGACGCGGAAAGCUUCGAAUGCCGGGGCUGCCGCACCCAAGGUUUCAGCGCCGAGGGCGAAGGGCGCCCUAACGAAGCCCACCGAGUCUCGGGUCGUCCCCGAGGCUGCCCGGCCCAACGCGCAGAGAUGCGGCUCCACCAGGGCAUCGGGAUCCCAGCGGAAGAAGAGCGCCCCUGGCCCCGUGGAGAGGCCUCAGGUGGGCGCGCGACGUGCCGGCUCCGAUAAGGCGCCUCAGAGCGCCGAGGACGCGGUGGACGGGCAGGCGGGUCUGGCGGAGGGGCCGGAGCCUCCCGCGGCCCCAGGGGCUCCCCUUUCCAGGGCUGGAUCUCGCCGCGACGGGGGUGCACGCGCCGCUGAGAAGCAGAGACCCCCUCCCGCCCCCACGGCGGUCCCUGACCUCCUCGGAGCCCCUAGUCUCCGCCAGGGGACGGGGGUGUACGGCAGCCGUAAACUCCAGCAUGUGCUGGACAAGUUGAGGCUGCGCCGAGAGGAAAUCUCAGAGGCGGCAGAUGUUGUGAAUAAAGUCGUGAACCAUCUGCUACGAAGACUGCAGAGCUUUGAGUCUGAGUUCAAAGGUGUCACGCGGCUGUGCACAGGGAGCUACUACGAGCACGUGAAGAUUUCUGCUCCUAAUGAAUUUGAUGUUAUGUUCAAACUGGAGGUCCCCAGAAUUAAGCUAGAACCAUAUUGUAACAGUGAUGCCUUUUACCUUGUGGAGUUCAAAAGAAAUCCUGCAGGAAAUCCUCUGAGUCAAUUUGUAAAAGACGGAAUAUUAUCAGCUUCUUUGAUGCUGAACAAAUUUAGGAAAAUCAUUAAGGACGAAAUUAAAAACAUUGAAGAUGCAGAUGUCAUUUUGGAGAGGAAGAAGACAAGGAGCCCUGCUGUAACACUUCUUAUUAGAGAACCUAAAGAAAUAUCUGUGGAUGUAGUCUUGACUCUGGAAGCAAACCAAAGCUGGCCACCUAGCACCCAGGAAGGCCUACCCAUCAAACAAUGGCUUGGAGGAAAAGUUAAGAAAGCUCUAAAACUACAGCCAUAUUGCCUGGUACCCAAGCCUGCAGAGGAAGGCAGUGGUUUGCAAGAAGAAACAUGGCGGCUGUCUUUCUCUCACAUUGAAAAGCACAUUUUGGAAAAUCAUGGAAAUUCUAAAACAUGCUGUGAAAGUGAUGGCGUGAAGUGUUGCAGGAAAGAUUGUUUAAAACUAAUGAAACAUCUUUUAGAACAAUUGAAAAACAAGUUUGGAAACAGAAAGCACCUGGAUGAUUUCUGUUCGUAUCAUGUGAAAACUGCCUUCUUUCACGUAUGUACCCUGGACCCAUCUGAUGAUCAGUGGCAAACCAAGGACCUGAAAAUCAACUUUGAUCGGUGUGUGGAAUACUUUCUUAAGUGCCUCAGGACAGAAGAUCUUAAGCAUUAUUUUAUUCCUGGAUUCAAUCUGUUCUCUCGAGACCUCAUUGACAGAGCGAGUAAAGAAUUUCUGUCAAAUCAAAUUGAAUAUGAAAGAAAUAAUGGAUUUCCAGUUUUUAGUGAAUUUUAAAAUUAUAUUUUUAAAAAGAAUCAAGAAUUCCAGGGACUUUAUUAUAAUUGGCAUGUUCGAAAUUUUUCACAGCAAUGACUGAUGAAAAUGAAUGUAACUAAUUAUUCAGCUCAGUUUGUCUUACUAAUAAAUAAACUCCAAUGAGUAUAGGGUGGCUGGAUGGCUCAGUUGGUUAGAGCGCGAGCUCUUAUUUGUGGCUUACAUAAAUCUGGUGGGCUUUGUUCAAUGCACAAACAUAUUUGGAAGCAAUGUAGUAAUAUAGGUAAGGAAAUGAAAACCUAAGUUCUACGUUGUCUCUACAAGUCUCAAGAAAUUCAUAAUCUAGGAAAAUAUUGGGUAAUUUAGUAUGCAUGGCUAAAUAUAAAACAUAACAUUUUCUCUUAUUUUUAUUUUAUUUUUUUAAUUAAUUUU